UACUCUGAGAGAGAGAGGGAGAGAAGUGGGAGAGAGUGUGAGAAAAGAGGGAGAGAAGUGUGAGAGAGAGAGAGAGAGAUUUAAGAAACUUGAAAUGGAGACCCCAUCAUCAGCCAAAAGAACUCUAAGAUCACACGCUUUUGCAGAAAACGAUCAAAAGGGUGUCCCAAACCCACUUCAAAAAAGUGGGAAAAAUCAGCAAGAUCGAUCAGCACUGUUCGAUAUAACCAACGAUUCUCCCAUUGUUGGAUUGGCAAUGGGGCAUUUGAGCACCCCAUUAUCAUCUCAUUCCAAGAAAAACAGUCUUACUACCACUCAAUGCUCUACUAACAACACUGGAACUACCACUCCUGGUUCUGGUGAAGCAUUGCUGAGAAAUCAAGUGAAAAGCCUAUUGCACAAAGUCGAAGAAGAAGCCGAGAUUGUCAAGUUCUCAUUAGAGGAUAUUGGAGGGCCUUUUGUUCAUAUCAAAGGCCUUGUUGCUGAUUCUCCUAUGCCUUUUCUUGCCCCAACUCCGACUAAUACUCCUGUCUACGGAACUCAAAUUGCAGAUAAAUUCGGAUUGGUCUCGGGUUUUAGUACUCCUGUCCUAGAACAAGUAUCCAUCACAAAGAUGGUGACUGAGAUAAUUGAAAGGCAGAAUAAGAAGGAAGAAGAGAGUUUGAUCACCAGGUCCCUGAUAUUUGAUUUCCAUGAGAAUUCAUCUGAUUGUGUCUCAACAAUGACAUAUCAAGAAGGCAGUGCGGCUAAUAAGGCCAAGUUCUGUACCGGUGAUGAUAAUGCGGUCUGACGGAGAAGAUUUCGAUGAUGAUGAUGAUGCAUUGGAUGAUCUUUGUGAAGGGUAAUGACCCUAAAUUCAGAGGAAAGGAUACAAGAUUCAUGUAUUGAUUGCAACAGAGACGUUGCUUAAUAAUAAAUUUCUGUAGUGUUCGGAUUCAGAACAAUUUUUUUUUUUUUUUGACAAAUAUUCCGUGAAUCAGAUUCAACUAUUCAAGCUCUUAGUGGAUUUUCUAGAGCUGGAUACAGUAACAUUUUAACAUGAACAUAUUUUCUUACGAA